CCAAUAGUUAGGAAUUGUCUUCCCUUUUAGCUUUGGUAUCCAUUUUCCAUGGAAAAGAUCAUCUGGUGACGUUCUCGAUCUCUUGUUGGAAACAAGAAUCAGUGUUGUUUUUCUUCUAUGGUUUCUUGGCUGACUGAAACAUCAAACAAGAAAGUUGCUGCCGAACCCCUCUUACUGUCUUUCCUGUAUCCACUCUGUGAAAAAGAGAGCAUCAAUGAACUUUUAAUUUCAAGUGAUUUUCUGCACAAGCUAGUGAAUGUCGGAUAUGGCAUCGUCUUCUGCAACUGCUCAACAAUGGAAGUAUGAUGUAUUCCUCAGUUUUAGAGGCAAGGAUACUCGUGACAAUUUUACCAGCCAUCUCUAUGAUGCCUUAUGUCAUAAACAAAUCAAGACUUUCAUAGAUAAUGAUCUUGAAAGGGGUGAAGAAAUUGAACCUACACUGUUGAGAACAAUUGAAGAUUCAAGAAUUUCAGUAGUGAUAUUCUCAAAAAACUAUGCAUCUUCUCCGUGGUGUGUGGAUGAACUGGUGAAGAUACUAGAAUGCAAGAGAACUUGUGGGCAGAUUGUUUUACCAGGUUUUUUUUUUUAUCAUGUAGACCCAUCUGAUGUAGAUGAACAGAGAGGGAGUUUUGGAAAUGCAUUUGCUAAACUUGAAAGAAAUUUUAAAUGGAAGAUGGACAAGGUUUCAAGCUGGAGAGCUGACUUGACAAAUGCGGCCAUUAUUUCUGGAUGGGAUUCACAAGUCACUAGGCCUGAGUCCAAACUUGUAAGUGAAAUUGCUGAAGCUGUUUUCAACAGUAUUUCAAGUCAAUAUGAAAGCUGCUGUUUUAUUACCAAUGUAAGAGAGAAAUCGGAAGAAUGUGGUGGGUUGAUUCGCUUGCGAGAGGAAUUCCUUUCCAGAGUAUUAGAGCAGGAAAAUCUCCGUAUUGACACUCCACGCUCCACGCAUGGGAUCCACUUUAAUCAAGGAAAGGAUCCGGCACAAAAAAGUCUUAACUGUUCUAGAUGAUGUGAAUGAUGUAGAACAAGUGGAAUGUUUAAUUGAAAGGCAUGAUAUGUGUUAAGGAAAUCAAGCACUGAUUAGGCAACAAACCAAAUCAGCACUGAAUAGGUAGCAAACUUGUAAUUGAAUCGUUAAUUAUUUGUUUCCUUGUUUGUAAAUAAUUAGGCUUGAUUAUAGGCAAUAGUGCAGGAUCCUGAUGCAGAACUAUCAGUAUAUAUUGUAAUCUUUUCGUUGAUUGAAAUAAUAAAAAGAAUAUUAUUUCUCUUCA